AUGUCUGCUUCUGUUGAGCAAGAAAUCGAGCAAGUAGGCGAAGCUAUUGCAAGGGUGGAAAAUGAAAUCGAGGAGAUCAACGAAAAACUCAAGAACCCCACCAUUUCGGACGUUGACAAAGCUUACUAUCGGCAAGAGAAAAGCCAGCUUCGGCAAAAGGAAAGCCAGCUUCGGCAAGAGAAAGACAGGCUUGGGCAAAAGAAAAGCCAGCUUCGGCAGAAAGAGCUGUUGUUGAUUGAACGCACUCCAGUGCCAAACGCUGCAUUUGAUGUGGCAAGCAUUGCACAAGAACUGACAAGCAUUGCACAAGCUCUGAAUCAAGAACUGGCAGCUCUUCGAGACAAAGAUGACACAGUUGCGUUCUCAAAUGUGACUUCCACAGUAUUUAAUGAGGUCAUGACAAGCUUGGACAUUGAGCAAGUCGCAGCACCAUGGCAGAACAGGCCACCUUGUCCUCAGUGCGACAUGCCUUUCCAAUGGGGUGCGGCAAAAGAAGAUAACACAGAGAAUCGCGAGGGAUAUAUGGCAUAUCUCAAGGAGCUGGGAUUUCCGGACUCGGUUCGUCUAUUCGAUGCUUCGAACGCUAAGGAGCUCCUGGAAACAGACCUGCCUCCAACCAAGCCAAGGAUGAAAGGAAGCAUUGAUGUUGUUGUUCUUGCCGCCCACAAUCCGAACAUCUCAGGUGCGAAACACAAUAUUUUGAUGGGUAUCGAGUUAAAGAAGGAUAAAAACCAACAACACGACAAAAUACGAAGAUCUAAAUGA